AUUCUGAAUGUACUUAAAGUAGUCAUUGUUAUAGAAUGCACAUUCUCACGGUAAUUUAUUACAAUGGAAUUUCUUUCAGUGAGAUUUUUCGUCCGCACGUCAGAUGUUUAAGGAGAAAAGUGUGUUUGUCACACGGUCCAUUCAGACUCCAGCAUUCCCAUAAUUUCCCUGAAGGCGCGCUCUCCCCACACAUUCCUCCAAUGGCUCCUCCCUCCGCCCCCUCGCUGCUGCGGCGGCGGUCACGUGUCACGGAGUUCGCCAAUCAGCGCGUCUCACGGCCAGCAGCGACUCCAGCGGCAGCGUUUAUCCAGGUCCUCUGUGAGCCGCGGCUCUGUCCGACUCCGUCUGGUGGCGACGGCGAUGGGGGGUUGUUUUGAUUGAAGUUGACAUAUUUUAUUCUGCCAUUGUUGCGUUGAAGUCCAGGAUGUUCGAGGUGCAGUCCGCGUGCACGGCCGCCCGCUGCUGUUCCCAUCCGCGAAGGAGAACCAGGCUUUGGAACAAGCGAUCUUGAAGGCGAGAGGAGCAACUUUUCCCACUGUCUACUCAACGGGCUGACCUAUGCUAAGCUAACGCGUUAGCCAAAAGUCUGGAGCGCAGUCUAAAGUCCUGUAAAAAGUCCGCAAACGAGUAAGCGACGUUUACACGGCGGGGUUCCGUGACUACAUGACUCUUUCUCGCCACUUCCGAAGAGAACCCUGGCGCUCGGAGCCCAGUUUGGACGGAGGACGGUGCAGGUGCACCUCUUGUGGCACCUGCGAAAACUUGGUAACUUGGCUCCAUCCACAGACGGCUAACUUUAGCAGCUUCACGUUAGCAUCGAGUGGGAGCAGACUCGAGGAUCACGUUUUUAACCUAAAGUUGAGAUUGCUUUUAUACGUUAUUGUUCGGGUCCAAGACUGCCUUCCGUUUGGACACUAAGCUCGUAAAGUGUUGACAUUAGCCUUAUAGUAUUUGGGCUAACUUUAGCCUGCCUGGCUAGCGCGUUACUGACCCUACACUGUUACCGGAGUGGCGACGUGGAUACAUGGUGGUAGACGCUGUCUCUCACGGGACUUUGGACACGAAGGGGACUUCCCUACUUUUCUCAUCGGCUACAGCUCGCUAAUGUGACAGCAUGCUGACCCCACAACGUUACGUUUCAGAGCUUAGAAGUUUUAAUUUGAUCUAAAAGCUCUCCACCCUAUGCUGCCGCUACGGCCACCGAGAAAUGGAUGUCUCGCAGGCCGCUUUCCCAAACGGUGAAGGGCGGCCGGGCGGCGGUGGGAGCGGGGAUAAUGCCUGGACGGACCCCCCCUCAGUACGUGCGUGGGCUCACUCUGCCCCGCUGUGCCCCACUCGGUCCCUGUGGACGGCCGCGUACGACUACGAGGCGAGUGGCGAGGACGAGCUCAGCCUCAAGCGAGGGGACGUGGUGGAGGUCCUGUCCAAGGACGCUGCGAUCUCCGGGGACGAGGGUUGGUGGACGGGCAAAAUCAACCACCGGGUCGGAAUUUUCCCCUCCAACUACGUCACGUACCAACCUGCUAUCUACCGUCUCCCCGCCACGAGUGGGACCGUGGGAGUGCGAGAGCGAGUCCCGAGCCCGCCCGUCCAGAUCCCCUUCAGUGAACUGGUACUAGAGGAGAUCAUAGGCGUUGGUGGAUUCGGCAAAGUUUACAGAGGCACAUGGAAAGAUCAGGAGGUCGCCGUGAAAGCGGCUCGACAAGACCCAGACGAGGACAUAACAGCAACUGCCGGCAGUGUUAAACAGGAGGCGAAGCUUUUCUCCAUGCUGCAGCACCCUAACAUUAUAAAACUGGAGGGCGUCUGUUUGGAGGAGCCGAACCUGUGCCUGGUCAUGGAGUUCGCCCGAGGGGGGACGCUCAACCGCGCCCUGACCGGAAGACGCAUCCCUCCACACAUCCUGGUCAACUGGGCUGUGCAGAUUGCUCGCGGGAUGCACUAUUUGCACGAGGAGGCCGUGGUGCCCAUAAUUCACCGAGACCUGAAGUCUAGCAACAUUUUAUUACUUGAAAUAAUUGAGAAUGACGACAUCGGGAGGAAGACCUUGAAGAUCACCGACUUCGGCCUGGCCAGGGAGUGGCACAAAACCACAAAAAUGUCAGCGGCAGGCACCUACUCCUGGAUGGCCCCCGAGGUCAUCAAGUCAUCUCUCUUUUCUAAAGGCAGUGACGUCUGGAGCUAUGGGGUCCUGCUGUGGGAGCUGUUAACAGGGGAGGUGCCGUACCGAGGGAUUGACGGCCUGGCUGUAGCUUAUGGCGUGGCGGUCAAUAAGUUAACGUUACCAAUCCCCUCCACUUGUCCUGAGCCCUUUGCCAAGCUCAUGGAAGAGUGUUGGGACCAGGACCCACAUGUGCGCCCCUCCUUCUCCUGCAUCCUGGAGCAGCUGUCGGCCAUAGAGGAGGCGGUGAUGGCCACCAUGCCCCAGGAGUCCUUCCACAGCAUGCAGGACGACUGGCGCGUGGAGAUCCAGGAGAUGUUUGAUGAGCUCAGGACCAAAGAGAAGGAGCUCCGUUCCAGGGAAGAGGAGCUGACGCGUGCCGCCCUCCAGCAGAAGUCUCAGGAGGAGCUGCUGAAGCGUCGGGAGCAGCAGCUGGCGGAGCGGGAGAUUAACGUGCUGGAGAGGGAGCUCAACAUCCUCAUUUUCCAGCUGAACAAGGACAAGCCCAAUGUGAAGAAGAGGAAAGGCAAAUUCAAACGGUCCCGCCUCAAACUGAAGGACGGGAACCGCAUCAGCCUGCCCUCAGACUUCCAGCAUAAGAUCACCGUGCAGGCGUCGCCCUCCAUGGACAAGAGGCGAAGCCUUCACAGCACCAGCUCCUCUCCUCCCAGCAGCCCCACGCUCAUCCCCCGGCUACGCGCCAUUCAGCUGUCGUCGCGCACGCGGAGGGACACUUUGUAUGUUUACCAUCAGGAUGUUGAUCUGACCAGCGAGCUCACGGCCUCCUCUGGGCUGAGGAGGGAAGUCACUCAAGACGAGAGCAAUCGUACAUGGGGCCGCAGCUCCCUCUUCAGGCCUGAGGAGUUUGAUGACGUGAAAAGGGGAAUCAAGAAGAAAGGAAGAACCUGGGGCCCCAGUUCAGUACAGAGCAAAGAGAGGCCGGCUGCUGCUGAGAGGGUGCGUCCUCUGUCAGAUGGCAGUAACCCCUGGUCCACCAGCCUGGUGAAGUCCCAGAAGUCUGUCCCACUCGCCGCCUUGUUUGCUGAACAGGCGGGAGCCGGGAAAGACGAGGGUUUUCCCCAGGAGUGUCCUGACAGCAGCUCCAAACCAAAGCAGCUCAAGUUCCCCAACCAGGUGUACAUCGACCUACCUCUGUGGCGGGACGAGCAGCCGCCUCAGAGCGCUGCAGGGCACGGUGGCCCGGGGGAUGCUGGGGUCGGAACCGCGGGCCAGGGCCCAGCAGAAACCCCAGAUGACCCCUACACCACCACAUCCACCUCUUCAACCUCCACCACGCCACAGCUCACCCCCACCAACAGCCUCAAGCGGGCCUCGGCGCGCCGCAAGACCGACUCCGUGCUGUACGGCUGCGGCUCGCUGCUCGCUUCGCUCGUGCUCGGCUAUGACGUGAGGGAGGCGCUCAAAACCUCGGCGCCCGGCGAUGAUUGUGAGCCACGCGAGGAGAAGGAGAAGAAGAAGAAGGAGGGGUUAUUCCAGCGCGCGACGCGAUUCCGACGCAGCACCUCGCCGCCAGGGGGUCGACCGCGCAAAGACGAGUCCACGUCGAACCACAGCGCCGCGCAGCCGCUCAAUCUCAUCUCCAUGUCCGCCAUCAUGGAAUGCAACUCCACCAAGUGUCUCUUACAGUCGGAGGCCGAGGACUCAGUGCCCGGUCCCGGAAAGGUUGAACUUGUGGUAGUCAAUCACCACACGGAGCCCUCGAGUCAGGGCCCCGAUGCACCGGCAGAAGUCCAGAGCAGCAAGACCGCAGCUAAUACGCAAACCCAAAGCAAGACACCAGAGCAGAGCAACCACAACACAGGGCCGCGGCUACGCAGGAAGAAAUACACCAACCACAGCAUGAAUGGACCGGCCAACCUGCCUCCACCCUCCACACAGAAGAAGCAGGAGAAGGAGAAGAAGGGUUCUGGCGGUGACGCCUUCUCCAGACCGCGGCCCGUGUCCUUCCGGGCCAAGCCCCACCCCUGGGCCCUGCUGCGGGGACGCAACAAGAGCUACUCCCUGGGCCACUACUCUGGAGAGAAAACGGCUCAGAACCUGAGCGUGGUGCUGUCGCCGGAGGUGGGCGGGGGCUGCUCCCUGCUGGACAUGGACACAGAGAGCCAGAAGAGAGACUGCACUGUGCCGCUGUGCCGCAUUCAGAGCUCCCCCGGGCGGCCCUCGGUCUUCGAGCUGGAGAAGGAGUUCCUCUCCUAAGUGGUCGGGUGUUUGUCAUAGUUCAUCCAUUGAAUUAGAGCUUUCUGCAGAACCUUUGGCCUAGAACUCCUGGAGGGUUUAGAACCAAACUGCCUCUUUCUGUUUUGUCUUAGCUCUAGAAGCUAGUGAUAUCAACCAAGUCUGAGACCACGAGGCCUCACAUGCUGCCUUGUUUUACUCUAGAACACACAUAGUUUGGACUCGCGAGCAGAACCUUACAGAGCUGGACCAGCAACUCUUCCUCUAAAUCCUCGGUGCUUGACUGCCAUCUUUGUGCUCUCCCUCUCGUAGCGCCCUCUUCCUUCCUUGUUCUGUCAGUGCAGCUAAACGUUGACCGGUGCUGCAGCUUUUGCAACACAGUACCCUCACCUUUUUAUUUAUAUAUAUAUUUUUAUAGGUAAUUUAAUAUGAAGAGACUUUACCUUAGCAACCAGCAGGACAUACAUUCCAUGUCAGUCACACUUUUAGAUGUUUUUACCUGAGAGUCAUGCAUGUACCCUCCAAAAUGUUGGAACAAAAAAAAUCAUUAUUUCUUGAUUGUAGAUAAUCCUCACCCCCUCUCAGCCUAAUGCUGGCAGUGGUUUUGUAUUACAUAUAAAAUGUUCUAUGACUGUUAUAAGGUCAGCAAUGUUGCAGUGCAGUUUGUGUUUUAGAGACAGAUUGUGUACGGGACCACACAGUAGCAGGGGUUCGUACGUUUCCUCUGAAGGCCCUGAACCUUUUACAGAUGCAGGUUUUCACUAGAAAUUUAGAAUCGGCGUAGAAUGAAGAAUUUUAUUUAUAGAAAUGCUUUUCAGGAUAAUAUUCCUGAACAUGACGCACUGCCACAGUGAGGAGGUUCAGCCAUUCGAGUUUGUCCUAAGACCUCGUGUGUUUAUAACCUGAUCAUGUUGGAUUGGCUGGAAAGUGCCACUGAAACGUAGAGCGCAAACAGAGGUGACACAUGCCGUGUGUGUGUGUGUGUGUGUGUGUGUGUGUGUGUGUGUGUGUGUGUGUGUGUGUGUGUGUGUGUGUGUGUGUGUGUGUGUGUGUGUGUGUGUGUGUGUGUGUGUGUGUGUGUGUGUGAGAGAAAACAUUGUGUAAUGUAUGCAAAUGAGUUGUGUUGCCAGUGUCAAGGUCUCACUAUGCAGGAUUCAAACGGUGCCUAGUUCCAGUCCCUCCUGUCUCUCAAAACACUAAAUGAAUUAACAUUGUUAACCGUCGUCUGAUGACUUUCCCGUUGUUUUUUUUAACCAGUGUUCCGGAGAAAUCCGUCAAAAAAGGUGGCGCAUACUUUAAGAACAAACAGAGGGCUCAUUCAUAGCGAGGCAAAUCGCCAGAUGGUGUAAAUAUGAUGGCGACUCCUGAUGUGUAGACCGCUGCGGCGUCUUAUGAUGUAGAAUGUGAAGUAUCCCAUGCUCUGUGUUUUGUGACUGUAAACUGAAAACUCUAAGGGCCCUGCUAAUCGGCAGGAUUCAAAGGUGCAUCUUAAAACCACAUCACUGGAUGUACUCUUGUGCAAAUGAUGGGUAUUUGUAAAUAGAUUGUACUGGUACUGUUUCCUGCAGUUUGUCAUCCAGUUACAAAUGAUGGCUGGUGGUCAGCAAAAAGGUUGUCUGGUAAAAGCAGGUCAACGUAUCUAAGCAAACGUUAUGAAAAGCUGCAGCAGUGAUAUGUGCGGAGCCAGUUUUCCAAACGAACCCACACUAAGACCUGCCUGCUUCAGGACCAAACCCACUAAAUGAAGUAGCUGCUAGCAGGGAGUCACCUUCCGAGCAAACAAAGCCUCCUUUAAACCAUUGGACACUUCUGCCACGGUCGCUGUGUCAGACUGAGCUGCUUCAGUGAACAUUUUGGUUAUUACAGUAUUUGAUUUCCAUGAGAGUAUCAAGUUUGUCAAAGUUUUAAAAUAAAGUCUGAAUCAAGA